CUGAGAGAUUUCACGGACAGAAAUUUCUUCUAUUGUUCGAUCUAGCUGUUGCUGCGACCUAAGACACCAUAGGUAAACUACUGCUUGGUUCUGUGGUCCAAUAUUAGACAGAUUUCAAUCAUGGCGACGUUCUUCCAGAGCGUCCGUCAGGGAUUUGGUAGGGGUGGGAAUAAGAACAACAAUAACAACAACCCUCCGAAAAAUGGCACGGCACCAUCGAAUCAGCAGUCACCUACGUAUUCGUCGAGUCAAACCGCAAACGCGAAUGCAUCCUCGGUCUCGUCCCCGCUGAGUGCUGAUAAUACCCCGAGUGAGCGUGAAGGCAUCAAGUACUUCUUCCAGGAGAAAUAUGCGCCCCUCAACGUCAAGGGGAAUUUUUUGACUCUCUGUGCUUGUCCGAAGAAUGUAGAGCUUGGGGAAUGGCUGGCCCAUCAGAUUGUGGAACAAAACCGCCUCAUUCAUGGCAUGCUCCAAGUGGUCCAGGAAGUCAACACUCAUACCGGGCUCCCAAUCUGUAACGAACUAACUUGCCCUACCAUGUCUGCUGGAAACCUGACAUAUACCUGGUUGGUGGACGGGAAAGCAGCGAAGAUAUCGGCUCCCAAAUUUAUAAAUCGCGUCGAGAAAUGGAUCGUGAGCAAAAUCCACGACCCGGUGAUGUUCCCGACGGAACAAGUGUCAUCGCCUCCCACCACCUUCGCCGUUGCUGAACUCACAACUACGCCUGGGUCUGUAGCAAAUCCGUCGCCAGCCAGCCCACCCGCAGGAGCCACGAACAAUACCAAUUCCGCUGGAGCGACUCCCCAAGAUUGGAUUGGUAAAUCAAGUGGUUUCCCACCAACGUUCUACAAGGACUGCCAAGGCAUUAUGAAACAAAUGUUCCGUUGCUACGCUCAUUUGUAUCAUGCCCAUUGGGAAAACCCGUUUUGGCAUAUUAACAAACACGAGGUUUUGAAUAUGUGCUUCGUGCAUUUUGUGACGGUAGCUAAAUACUACAAGCUUGUCGCUGACAAGGAGAUGGAACCGAUGCAACCGUUGAUCGACAUUUAUAUCAAGCAGGAGAAAAUCCCUCCAGAAGCCCUUGCCGGUCACUGGGCCCAGCAGCCUGCUGCUCCCUCUACGUCUUCUCAAGGAUAAACAUCCCACAAGCUGGCUAUUUACGAUAUCACGGGCGUUUUCAAUCUUUGCAAGUUUCUGCAUGACUACCAACGGAACGAUGUGUCUUUCUCAUAUUCUUUUUCAUGGGCGUUAUAGCGCUUGAUUAAAUCUCGGCCACAGAAAAGAAGGCUCAACUGGAUGAAAGUCAUAUAUGCAUUUAAUUACGGUGUUACUCUGUCACUGUGGGCAAAUGGACCAUAUUUCAUGUUUAUUUACUUGAUUUCUCUGUCCAUAUUCAAGUUGCUAUGUCAACCACAGCUACGAAAUAGUGGUUGUUUCUCCAGUUACGGCCAAGUUCAAUGGAAAUGCUGCGAAUAUCUGGUUGUUCUCCGGCCGCUCAUGCAUUCUGGCGGAAGGACUUUUAACCCGGGUAUCAUGCGGCUAUUGCUCACGUAUUU